AUGCGCCUUCCGCGUCCUCUGCAGGAACCCAGUCCCAUCAAGUCGCCAGGGCAUUUUAUAUCGACGACCCACGGAAUCUUGUCUAACGGUCACUCCUACAGCAACGACACCGCGGACCACAACGGGACGGGUCAUCACAAAGGCUUCGCGGGCCAUAACGGCAGCACCAACUACAAUGGCGUCAGCUCCCCUGUGGCCAUGGACAAACAAAACGGCUCCGCGGGCCAGAACGGCACGGGCCACCACAAUGGCGUCAGCACCCUGGUAGCUGUGGACGAACACACCGAUCGUUCUUCGGGCGUGCUCUACCAGGUCAACGAUACGCCACCCUGGUACCUUUGCCUUCUGCUCGGCUUCCAGCACUACCUGACCAUGAUGGGCGGCGUGGUGAGCUACCCGUUCCUGCUGGCGCCCAAGCUGUGCCUGUCCGACGACGACCCGGACAGGGCCCAGAUCCUGUCCACAAUCCUCUUCGUGUCCGGCAUCGGCACGCUGCUCCAGGCCACUUUCGGCGUGCGCCUGCCCGUCAUCCAGGGCUCUACCUUCGCCCACCUGGUGCCCAUCCUGGCCGUGCUCUCGCAGCCCCAGUGGCAGUGCCCCAGCCAGGAGCAGCUGCGCGACCUGCCCACCGACGCCCCAGAGCGCGACUGGAAGCCUCGCAUGUGCGAGAUCCAGGGCGCCAUCAUGGUUGCCUCGGCGUUCGAGGUGGUCGCGGGAUUGACGGGUCUGGUGGGCCUGCUCACGCGCUGGAUCACCCCGCUGGGCAUCACGCCCACCAUUGCGCUCAUCGGACUCUCACUCUUCCCCGAGGCCUCUCAACACGCGCAGGGCAGCUGGCCCGUCGCCCUCGGGACGGUGGUGCUGGUGACGCUGUUCUCGCAGUAUCUGCGAAAUGUGCGCAUUCCAGUGUUGGGCACACGCCACCGCAAGGAGCCCGAGCGGAGACGAAGGAUGGCUUUCUUCUCGCUAUUUCCAAUCAUCCUCACCAUCGGCAUCAUGUGGCUCAUCUGCCUCAUCCUGACGCUCACCGACGCCGUGAAACGCGACAGCACAGUACGGACAGACACCAAGCUGCGUGCCUUCUACGAGACUCCCACCUUCAGUUUCUCGUACCCAUUCCAGUGGGGGAUGCCGACGGUGAGUGUGGGAGCCGUGGUCGGCCUCCUGGCGGGCGUCCUGGUGUCCGUGGUGGAGUCCGUGGGCGACUACCACGCCUGUGCCAGGCUGUCCGGGGCACCGCCGCCGCCCGUGCACGCCAUCAACCGCGGCAUCUUCGUCGAGGGCUUGGGCUCGGUCCUGGCCGCCGCCUGGGGUGCCGGCUGCGGACUCACCUCGUACAGCGAGAACAUCGGCGCCAUCGGCAUCACCAAGGUGGCCAGCCGGCGCGUGAUCCAGUUCGGCGCCGGCAUCAUGCUGGUGCUGGGCAUGGUGGGCAAAGUGGGCGCCCUGUUCGUGGCCAUCCCGGAGCCCAUCAUGGGCGGCAUCUUCAUCGUCAUGUUCAGCGUCGUGUCCGCCGUGGGACUCUCGAGCCUGCAGUUCGUCAACCUCAACUCGUCGCGCAACCUGUUCGUCCUGGGGGCGUCCCUUUUCCUGGGACUCUGCCUGCCGGACUGGAUCCGCCGGCAUCCGCAAGAAAUUGCCACUGGUAGCGAAGGCGUGGACCAAGUUCUACGGGUCCUGCUUAGCACCAGCAUGUUUGUCGGCGGCUUCGUCGGCAUCUUCCUCGACAACACGAUCCCGGGCACGGCCGAAGAGCGGGGUCUUCACCGCUGGACGCAGCACUCAUCUGGCGACGACUCUGACGUGGCCACCGGCGAUGGACCCUCUGAAAAGGAGUGCUACGACCCCCCAGGAGGGGCCGCCAUCUGCAACAAGCUGCCUUGGUUGCGGUUCCUACCGAUCAGCCCUAGCUUCCGACCCAAGACCCAGUAG